AGGAGCAGCGCUUUCGCUUUUGAAUUCCCAGAAAUGUCAAACGGAUAAGUUGCUGGUCCUGCUCUGUGUGAUGUUUUCCUUUCUUUCUUUUCCAUCAGAGGCACAGCUUCCCAAAACCGAACUUGGAAACCCUUCGUUCUUCCCUCUGGAGACCAUCCAGGAAAGGAAAACGCAGGGAAGGAGAGAAAAGAGAGGACGCAGCUGGAAUUGGGGGUAAAAAAUGUGUGAAUGUUGAGCCGAUCCGAAGCGGCUGUCCGGGGCCGCCAGCGACGGGUAGAAGUUAAAAAAACUCCGGGACCGGAGGAGGUCGACAGGAGGACCAUUUUUUUCCCCCCUGGACUCAUCGGCUGGAUGGAAUCCAAAAAUUCCCGAGAACUUCCAUAUUUGAGAUCAUGGCUCUAGUUUUCUUGCUUUUCCUUGCAACUCAGCUGCUUCUCUUUCGGGAAACCUUCUCCUGCGAAGAAUGGGAGUAUGAACACAACCAUCAAUGCUGUCCCAAAUGUGGUGCAGGAUACAGAGUUCGUCAACACUGCACUGCCAUUUCAAGCGCAACUUGUGUUCCAUGUAUGAACAGGACCUACAUGGACCAUCCUAAUGGUCAGACUACAUGCUUUAGAUGUCACGUCUGUGAUGGAGGGGCCCACCUGAGAGUUAAAGAAGAAUGCACGUAUCAGAAGAACACAGUAUGUGCUUGCCAAGCAGGCUACUUCUGUCUUCACUUUGCUGAGAAAUCCUGUGAUUUGUGCCAAAAACAUACCGUCGCCCUGCCUGGUUAUAUGGUGAUAGAACUGGGCACGGAAACCAGUGACACUAAAUUUGUAGCUUGUCCACCUAAAACUUUCUCAGCGACCCACAUGAGUUCUUCCUGUGAACACUGGACUAAUUGCAGCGAGACAGGUAUGAUCGAGGUCCAGCCGGGCAGUCCAACCUCUGAUGCAAUCUGUGAUCAACCAAACUCCCCUGUCCAUAUAGCUCCCAUUGUCAUCUCUCUGGCUUUAGUUAUCGUUGUUAUAAACAUUCUCAUCUUCAUCAUCCUGCGUAAAAAAAUGACGCACGCCAAAGAAGGCCCUGCUGAAGAAAAGAAAGAAGAACCGAACCAUUAUCUCCCUGUUCCGGAAAGCGACCAGCACAUGGUGAUACCCAUGCAGGAGACCAAUCAACAUUCUGGUGAGCCGACUUACACAAUGUCUUGAGUAAGCACAACGUUGGCUGAGAAACCAAAUCACUAUGACUAGAAGCCCUGGACAUAAAGACAAAGUAAAAAACUGCAUUGUUCUUCAUAUAAAAAGGCGAUCACAUUCGUAGCUACAACAGUUCACCAUCUGCUAGGAAGAUGAAACUGGUUUUUUUUUCUUUCGAGAAGGAGGUAGAAAAGCUUGUUAAAGUUGAACACACAGGAAAGGAUGUGUCUGGAGGUGGAGAAGAGGAGCAAGAGUCACUACAAGAAGAAGCGGGGAAGAAAACAAAGGAAUAUUUUCCCCCAAGGACUAAAACCCAGCCAGUCUGUGGCUGGGUUCACAAGAGUGUUUGCGAAAGCAUUUUCUGGGAUUCAUUCCAUCCUCUAAGCUAGGGUGAAAAACAGUCCAAUUUUGCUGUUACUGGCAUCCAUUAAAAAAAAAAACCUUUAAGUUCUUUCCAUCCUGAAUAUGGUGAUUUGCAAAAGUUUGGCCCAUUCUUUAAAAAUGACCCGGGGGUGGGGCUGGGGGGUGGGUAGCAGGAUAUUCAUUUGUCUGCCCAAACCCAAUUUGACAGCAUCCGCUCGCUCUGUAGGUUCUAAAGAUGAAACACAACUUAGAAAAAGGAGGGGGGGGAAAUGAUGUAGCACUUUUAAUUUAGCACUAGCACGUAUGGACGUUCCAACCAAGCUUUCAUAGAAUCAGCCAAUGAAAACACUGGAUCUGGAUGGUAUCAGAAAGAAGAGGAAGAGUAUAGGUUCCUAUGAAAUGGAGAUAAAGUGGACCUUUUUCGGAGGGAAGGAGAACUCAAGACCAUGCAUCCACCAGCGGUGAUUCUGGGGGGACAAUGCUUCUCAGCUUCUCCAAAGACAAUACAAAAGAGUGUUCACUGUAAGUCGUAGAACAUCUAAAGGAUGAAGUAAUGAAAGAGCCAGCCAGCGUCAACAUGUUUGCUGACAAAGGAUUUAUUUUCUCUUCACUGUCAAAGAUUCAUUUUAGCCUCAAUUUGUUCUACUAUCAUCUGCAUUUUUUACCUGGGCACGUCCAUCCAUUGACAAGAACUACAGACUUCCCAAUGGUGUUUGCUCUGGUGUUGUUGGUGUUGUUAAGCGUUGUCCAAGAGAUGUCAGUUGACGGUGGUUUCUCAGAUGUCCAGGAAGAAGUCAAUGGAGCUCUAAUAUGCAACCGUGGAGCUGAAAACUGAGACACAGUGUUCAGACAAGUAGUAGCUGCAGCUUUGUGAUGGAGCGAUACUCCUUUGCUCCAUUUGGAAAAGAGGAGGAAAUGUCUGGAUGUCAACCCCAAAGACUCAGUUCACGAUUCCAAUGCUUGACAAGUGUUAGUGCUGUAUAACAGUGGUCCCCAAUGUUGGGUCUCCAGAAGUUCUUAGACUACAACUCCCAGAAGCCUUCAACACCA